AUGAUAACUGUUUCUGAACAAACGACUUCUUCUGAAAUCGUGCCUCUGAUAUCUGUUCCUCCUGUGGAAUGCCACGAUGAUAAUUCUACGACAUCUGAAAGGUCUUCUGCAGAAACACUUCAAAAUAAAGAUGUUUUCGGGCCUACUAACAAUAGUAAGAUAGAAAGGGGCAGUGAAAAAUGUGGCACUAAGCAAAAUCAGGACCUGCUUUCUAAAUGCGCUAUUAGUGACUUAACUUCUGCGCAUAAAACUCCGACCAAAGUCACACCUUUGCCAUCUUCUGCUAUUGCAGUAGAUCAAAACGAGAUAAUACCAUCUUCAUCUACUGCAAGUUUUGCUCAUCACAUGCUUAAUAAAGGAAUUCUGGUGCCAUCACCGUUUAAGAUGAAUCUGAUGAAGAUCUAA